ACUGCUGUCCGCCAGGUCCUGCCCCGAAGCUCUCAUACCAAUUUCUCCAGCACCCAAUGCUGAUAUGGACAGCUACCCCAGCGAGGCGAUCCCGGGAACCAACCACAUCGUUCCGGUCACUAAAAUCUCGCAGGAGAAGAAGAGCCGGCCUGACAGAUUCAGUGAAAAUCAACUCAGAGAGUUGUGGGCGCGGUUUGAAGUCACGCCAUACCUGACGACGGAACAAGUGCAAUGCCUGUCUUCUCAGCUGGGUCUGACAACGCUGCAGGUUAGAAACUGGUUCCGGAAUCACAGGAAGAAAUACAAGCUGUGGAUUGCCCCGAGACUUCAGACACCCGAGCAACGCCCUUCCCUUCAGCCCUGGAAUACCAAGUCUGGAGCGGGAAGGAUGUGGAUGCAUUUCCAACCCCGCUGAUGACAAUAUCAUUUCCGGAAGCAUCGCCAUGUCAUCUCUACUCAUCCAGUCCGGUAAGAUGCACUUAGAACAGGAUCUCAGCUCUCAGACUUGCAAGACUGUGUUGUCCAACCUGGACACGAUACCUCAUCUCAUCAUACA